UCUCUCCUAUAAAACGACCCUCCAUCGGGCCUUUGGUUUUCUCAUACUUUCACGAAUCUCUCUUUAUUUCCUUUCCUCUCUUGUCCAAAGCUCUUCUAGGUUUUCUCUGUUACCCUCAGAUUUCGCUUUUCGCUUCUCGAUCUCUUCUCGGAUCUUCAAGAUGCAGAUCUUUGUCAAAACUCUCACUGGAAAGACCAUAACUCUCGAGGUGGAGAGCUCUGAUACAAUUGAUAAUGUCAAAGCUAAAAUACAGGACAAGGAGGGAAUCCCCCCAGACCAGCAGAGGCUGAUCUUCGCUGGAAAACAAUUGGAGGAUGGUCGUACUUUGGCUGAUUACAACAUCCAGAAAGAAUCCACCCUCCACUUGGUUCUUCGUUUGAGAGGUGGGAAGGAGGAAGAGUCCACCCUGCAUUUUUUCCUCCGCUUCCCUGGUGGAAUGCAGAUCUUUGUUAAGACCCUAACUGGCAAGACUAGUACUCUGGAAGUUGAGAGUUCUGAUACGAUUGACAAAGUCAAGGCAAAAAUUCAGGAUAAGGAAGGUAUUACACCCGACCAGCAGAGGCUGAUAUUUGCUGGAAAACAGCUAGAGGAUGGCAGGACUUUGGCCGACUACAACAUCCAUAAAGAGUCAACUCUUCAUAUGAUUCUCAGGCUUCGUGGUGGAAUGCAGAUUUUUGUGAAGACGCUCACUGGAAAGACCAUCACACUUGAGGUGGAGAGCUCCGAUACAAUUGAUAAUGUGAAAGCAAAGAUCCAAGAUAAGGAAGGGAUUCCUCCAGAUCAGCAGAGGCUCAUCUUUGCAGGGAAGCAGCUUGAAGAUGGCCGCACUCUUGCUGAUUACAAUAUUCAGAAGGAAUCAACACUCCAUCUUGUUCUCCGCCUUCGUGGUGGUAUGCAGAUUUUUGUGAAAACUCUGACAGGAAAGACCAUCACACUUGAGGUGGAGAGCUCUGAUACGAUCGAUAAUGUGAAAGCGAAGAUUCAGGACAAGGAGGGGAUCCCACCUGAUCAGCAGAGGCUCAUCUUUGCAGGAAAGCAGCUUGAGGAUGGUCGCACCCUUGCAGACUACAAUAUCCAGAAGGAGAGCACUCUGCAUCUUGUGCUCCGCCUGCGUGGCGGUGAUGUUUAGUUUAGUGGGUUUGGGGAUGAUGGAUGCCAAACAAUAAUAUGUUUUCCUUGUGCUUGAAAGUUUAGUAAUUAGUAGAGUAGUGUAUGGGGAUGCUAGACCCCUUUCUUCUGUGUUUGUUUUUAAUGGUACUCAAUGUCAAGCUAGUUUGUUUUGAACUGAAGUGUGUUUAAUAAUGGGUAUGUUUUAUGAUUUUAGUGA